CUUCACAUACAUCCUCCGCCAGUGCUUUGCAUUGGGCUCUUCCAUCCUGCUCCACUCACCUCUCAUUCAUUGUGUUUUGACUUUUCCGCCGCAAGUACCUCUUGGGAUGCCUCAGCCGAAACGUGUCGUUCUCAAGUGUCGUGAGCAGUAUGUCACAGACGAUCAAGCUGUCAUGAAAGAAUUUUUCGAUUCGCAGGAUUUUGGAUCUUAUGAAGAACUCACGUCAUUAAGUGAUCUCUUCGUACACUUUAUCUUUGAUGAACGUUCCCCUUCCAACCUGUUUCUCGUCCUCGACGUUCAUUGCAAAGAAUUUCCAAACGUCGAUCCCAGCACCUUGGACCUUCAAGUAUUCAAAGUUUCUAAACCGAGCUCAUUUACGUUUCGAGACCUUGGAGAGGCUGCUCGUAAGCAGGCUCAACCACGAUCUGUGGAGAUCGGAUGGGGAACGAACAAGUCUGUCAGUCGGAAGAAUUAGACGGCGUAUACCCUUUGCAUAUAGGGCAGUCCCCAGCCACGUUCGUAUCUUGGGCAUCAAGGUCCAGUGGGAGAUCUCUCUGAAAUCCGGUUGAUGACCGGCAUGGUACGACUCCGUUUUGAGGUGCGUUGGAGCAAUAAUUGAUUUCUCUACGGUUCAUAUGUUUCGGAACACGGGAGCAGGAGGCGUACGUUUUACAAGCAAUUGUGCACAUGCUGCUCGGAAGCAAGACCGAGUGCGAGAUCAGGGUAGAUGCGCUGAAUGUUUAGGGAUUAACAGUAAUUACGGGACAAAGCUGGUUGUACUUAAUACUAACUUAAGUUAUGGAUGAAUCCAAGCACGUGAUUCACGAAUCGCCAGA